GUGCCAGCCGCACUUGGGCUUAGUUACAUACUUCGUUGGUUAACACGCGCUGUUAACUAAUUUGUUGUGUCUGAGGUGUUCGUUUUGGAAGUGUGGUUCAAUAUUUACUAUAAUGGAAGCAAGGCUAGUUAAGAGCAGUGUAGCACUAAUUACUAAUCUCAAAGAAAACUGAGAUCUCAAGAGUUGAAUCGAAAUGUUAGGAAAAAAUCAAUGGUUGAUUGAUGUAACCCAACAUGCCUAAUGAUCACCAAGUCAUAGACUCAAAAAAAAGUAAGUCACACGUAAAGGCAAAUUGCGCGACCGCCGAUAAGACGAUCGAGUUGACGGAUCAACCAAAUAAGAGCACAAAUAGACGCAGACAUAUUCAUUCUCAUUGUCUCUGCGUGGAAGCAAAGAGGCCAAUCAGGGAUCAUAUUAAAGCAUUAAGACAGCAAAGCAUGAAGGGUGAAGGGUGUCGGAAUAUUAUGAACGAAAAUGCGGGUUAACCAUCCGGCAGUUAACUAAACUUCACGAUCAUGAUAGUAGCAGCGGAAAAAAGUUCAACAAGCAACUGAGCAGAGAGUUAAGUUGAGUUGAGACACCUCGUACAUGCGGGUAAGUAUGACUGUGCGACAUUAAACGCCGACAAAGUUGGUUGCUUUUAUGGGAGCGUCAAGAGGAGCAGCACUAGCGGUGGCGGCGGUGGGGACGUAGUGAGUAGUAAUCGUAGUGAUUCUGAAAUAAAUUACUUGAAAGUAGCGCAUACACGUUCAGUCACCAAACGACCCUGCGACGCGCAUCGCUAAACACGCACAGAUCAUGCGGAGCUAGCGAACGAACCAAAACGAUAAGUUUGAAAAUAUUCUUUUUCGGCUAAAAUUAACUACAUAUAGAUCGCAAGUUUAAAUUUACAUCAACUUCAAAUUAAUUGUGGUGAGAAACGAACAUUUACAAAGUGGGUGAUUCAUUAUUUUGGACGAGCCUAAAAAGCUUAUAAAAAAAACAAAACUACGUCACAGCUAAAACAUUUUAGGUGCUACAAUCCAAGUGAUCUAUGACAUAUAACCCCACUGACACGAAAGGCGCUUUCUGGAAGAGACUUCUAAUACGCAGCUUGCCAGCUCUCGAUUAUUGCUUUCAUUGCCUCUACCGCCACUGCAAAUGCAAUCCAUAGCAAUGAAAGGCAGCGCACUCACCGUCGAAGAUCGUCGAUUGUUACGUUGCAUCCUGCUCGAUCUGAUUGUUAUGGUGGUGCUCACAAUACCAACUAUCAUAUGCGAAUUUGUUAUACAACCCACCCGCCGCGGCUUCUUCUGCAGCGAUGAGACGAUACGUUAUCCUUUUCAAUCCAAUACCAUUACAGCGGUUAUUCUCGCCGUUUUCAUCAUAGUCCUGCCGGCCUUUGUGGUUAUCGUUGUAGAGUUUACGCGAUUCUACCGACGUGGUCGCGUCACCGAAACGCGACUUCUUUUUGGUUGGAAAGUACCCAUAUGGAUUGUGGAAUGCCUGAAAUAUACCGUUCACUUUGCUUUCGGCGCAACCCUCACCCUGGCUGCCACAGAGUUGGGCAAGUAUACAAUUGGACGACUGCGACCUCAUUUCAUAGCUGUGUGUCAGCCGCAGCUGGCGGAUGGCAGUAGCUGUGAUGCGCCACAGAAUAUACAUCGCUACAUUGAGAACUACAUUUGUGUAGGUAGCGGUUAUGCAGCAAGUGAAGUGCGUGAGGCGAGGCUCUCCUUUCCCAGCGGCCACUCGAGCUUGUGCUUCUUCGCCAUGACUUAUCUUUGCAUCUACCUGCAGCACAAACUCACCUGGAAUGCCUCCAAGUUUGCGCGCAACUCUCUACAAUUCUCUCUGCUCAUGUUAGCCUCGUUCACCGCGUUGACGCGCAUAAUGGACAACUGGCAUCAUUGGUCUGAUGUGCUUGUCGGCUGCCUGCUCGGCUUGGCAAUUGCGGUGAUCACUGCGAUUUACCUCACCAAGGAUUUUAGCACGCCAUUGGAGCGAUUACACGUAAACUUGCCGCGUCAGGACACAAGCACGACACUUGAUGAGAUCGCCGUCACGCCACCACCGUACACGAUGCGAAAUGGUGUAGGAAAUGUGGCGCCGUCGCUGGAUAGGAAUAGCGCGGGUGGCUUCGGCAGCGAACAGUUUAACUCGAAGGUGUGAAUGGUGAUAAGUGAAAAAAAUUAGUUUUAUUAAAGUACCGGUAUAAUGGAAUCAAUGUAAAACCAAGAACACUUAAAAUAAGGAAAUAAUUAUAGAAAUCGUGAUAAAGUUUAAGUAACUGAUAUCAAAUUAAAAACUUUACUGAUAGGGACAGUCUGAAAAGUGAGAACAUUUUUUGGGUUAAAAUUUUUUUUUAAAUUCGGUUAUUUCGGUCGUUCGAUCAGAAGUUAUAACUUGUGGACUGUAAAAUUCACGUACAUACAAUUUAAAAAAGAUAACCAAGCAUGAUUGAGUGAAAAAUGGUUCUAAAAAAAAGUAAAAAA